GUGCCGUAAGUUUAAAAGAAAGUUGAUGGAAUAGAAGAGGGGGUGGAAUAAUUAGAAAUAGAUGAGUGGGUGGAAUAAUUAGAAAUAGAGGCCUGAACUUUUCAUUGCCUUUUCGUUGUCUAUGUUUAUUCCUCCUCAUGAUCGUUUAUGUUCGAUGCCCAUUAGUAGUAUUCGUGGUUAUCGGAAGCUUGCCUUAUUAGUUCUUCCACUUCCAUACCUUCUCUUCUUACUCCACACCUCUCUUCCAUUCUUCCCUCAUUUUCGUUCACCACCGACGUCUUCUUCCCUCAAUUUGCGGACAAGUGUCCUUGUUUCUCUAUAGUUCAAAAUGGAGCUCUUCAUCCGUCCCAACACAAAUGAGAUCAAUCAAGUAGAAAUAGAAAAUGAAACUGAAGGUAUCAUUUACAAGGUUCCAGAACCUCUGCGCAGCAUGAACUCAGAAGCUUAUACCCCCACUGCCAUCUCUAUUGGCCCUUUGCACUCCGGUAGAAAAGAUCUUAAGGCUAAUUCACUUAAACCCAUAUAUCUUCGACACUUCCUUGAUCUCGCCCAGCUCUCCGUGAACACAAUUGUAGAAACAGUCCAGACUUUGGAACAAAGAGCUCGCUAUUGUUACACAGAAUUCAUCGAGAUGAGCAGGGAUGAAUUUGUGGAACUUCUCGUCUUCGAUGCCUGUUUCGUGGUCAUGCAUCUCACCAGUUGGCAGUACCCAAAUUUGGAUACCCCAAACGCGGUGAAUUUAUGGCAAUCUUGGAAUGAAAUAUCUCAUGAUCUGAUGCUGCUUGAAAACCAACUUCCCUUCUUCCUUCUCCAAUCUUUAUACGACCUCUUCGCCCCCUCUCAACCCUUACUAGAACAUAAGAGUUUCAUUCAAAUUGUUCAAUAUUAUUUCUCAGAACACAAAAACCCAAAGUUGUUUUUUAUUGAUAUCAAACUUCUUUCGGUUGACGACGUGAAACAUUUUGUUGAUUUAGUAACAAUGCCUAAUACUCGUAUGUAUUCCCAUGAAAAGUCCGGCCAACGCCUAUUGUGGCCACUGAAUGCCACCGAGCUCCAUGAAUGCGGCGUUAUUUUCAGGAGCGGGGAUGGUAUAGAAUUUAAUGACCAAGGUGGGUGUCUACAACUACCGCCAAUCAAGAUUUACGACGAUUUUGAAAAGCGUGUGAGGAACCUUAUAGCUUAUGAGCAAUGCCAUAUUGGCAAUGAGUUAAGGAACAGGGUGAGCAACUUUGCUGUGUUUAUGCAGUGUUUGGUCCAGUCCGACCAAGACGUGAAAUUGUUGAUUGAGGGAGGGAUCAUAGAGAACUACUUGGGUGGUAUCAAUGAGAUCACCCAAUUAUUCAACAACCUCGGUAAGCACAUCUUCAUUGGAAUCAACUACUACAAUUCUGAUUGCAAAAAAAUGAAAGAUUAUUGCAUGCGCCGCCACCAUCGUUGGAUGACGUCGUUGCGACGCAAUUAUUUCAGCACGCCAUGGCUCUGUGCUUCCUCCAUUGCAGCCAUCCUUCUCCUUGCCCUCACUCUUAUACAAACCAUCCUGGCUGUAUUCACUAGAUUCAAAGAACGUUCUUAA